AUGCCUAUUUCUAGUCAUUCUCAUAGCGGACAAUUUUGUUUACAUGCUCAGGGAACUUUAGAGCAGGUUAUUCUUGAAGCUAUCCAACAGGGAUUUCAUACAUUUUCAUUUACUGAACAUUGUCCUCGAAAGUAUGCAGAGGAUCUAUACCCAGAAGAGUCCCAUUUAACCUCCGAUGAUUUGUUUCAUACAUUUGAUGAGUAUAUCCAAACUGCAAAACAACUUCGAGAGAAAUAUGCAGACAAAAUUCAAAUUUUAAUAGGAUCCGAGACGGAAUACAUUCGUCCAGACUCCAUUGACCUUUUACGAGAACUGGUUGCAAAAUACGAUUUGGAUUAUUUAGUAGGCAGUGUGCAUCAUGUGAAUGCGAUUCCUAUUGACUUUUCAGUCGAACUUUGGCACAAAGCUUUAGAACACGUUGGAGGAUGUUAUGAAAAACUUUUUUUGGAUUAUUUUGAUCAUCAAUAUACCCUCUUGACAUCUUUACAGCCCCUUGUCGUUGCUCACUUUGACUUGAUUUGCUUAUAUGCAAAUGAAGAAGCUAUGAAGGUGUUUACGAAUUCAUCCGAGGUAUGGAAACUUAUUGAAAGAAACAUAGAAUAUGUGAAUAGCUACGGCGGCGUUUUUGAAAUCAACACAUCUGCUUUCCGAAAAGGAUGGUCUGUUGCUUACCCAAAACCUCAACUUAUCAAGUUAAUGCAAAAACAUAAUAGCCGAUUUACCUUGUCUGAUGACAGCCAUGGUCCUCACCAAGUAGGUCUAAAUUAUCAUCGAGGCAAAGAAUACUUGGAAAAGGAAGGCAUUCACGCCCUUGCUGUUCUUUCCCGUAACUCCAAAGAGAGCCCUACUACUUACCAAAUGGUUUCUGUUUCUCAAAUAUGGUCUAAUUUUGUAGGGAAAAAUGGUUUGUCUCCAUAA